UUUGAUCUCUGGCAAUGGUCAUUUUUCAAUUGUUUUUGCAAAUGAAAAGUUUCUAUUUCUUUAUCUUAUUAAUUCAAGAAAUUGAGGAUUAUUAAAACUGUAGCUACAGGGACACAAUUGUCCAUUAAACCGCACAAUGGACCCACCGACAUCGUCGUCAGACCUCAAGUUAUUGAAGCGUCUAGAAAGUAAAAGGAUAAACGAAGCUCUCGAAAGAGAACGCCAUAAAGAAGAAUUAAAAUCCAAGGAAACACCAAGUGAGAAACGUGCACGUCGCUUAAAGGAAAAAAAUGCCAAAGAAGCUAGACGUCGCGAACGAAUGGGUUGGGACACCGAAUACCAACAUUACACUAACCAGGAUAAUCCCUUCGGUGAUGCCCAUUUAACAUCGACCUUCGUUUGGAACAAGAAACUCAAAAAAGAAGGCUUCAAGAAUGUUGCCCCCGAAGCCGUGGAAGUGAUGCAUCGCCAGAAACAAGUUGAAAAUAAGAAGGAACUCGAGAAGGUGAAAAAGAGGCGCAUAAAGAGGGAAAUGGAGAAACAAAUGCGCGAAGAAGAAAUGCAGAUGCUGCAACGUUCCCGGGAAGCUACAAAGUUUGAAGAGUGGGAAAAACAGGAAGAUAUGUUCCAUUUGAAGCAGGCCCGUCUACGUAGUUCCAUUCGAAUUCGCGAUGGAAGAGCGAAACCAAUUGACUUACUCGCUCAAUACAUUUCCAAUUCCAACUUGGAACAAACUAUCGAGAUGCAGAUGCACGAACCGUACACCUUUCUCAAUGGCUUGGAUAUUCAAGAUCUAGAGGAUCUCCUGGUAGAUAUUGAGGUGUACAAAGAUUUGGAGAAGGGAUCAAAUUCAGACUUUUGGACUGACAUGACCGAGAUUGCCAACGAUGAACUCCAGAAACUCCGCAAAAUUAAACUUGGCCUUGAGGACGACACUCAAAUCGGCAGGAGGGAAGGAAUACACAAGAGUGUAUCAAAGGAAGUGUCUGAUGUAUUUCGAGGCAAGUCUGCCCAGCAGCUGGAUGAGCUAAGGAACAAGAUCGAAACCAAGAUAAUGAGGAAAACUGAUGGCGUCGACAUAAGCUACUGGGAGAGUUUGUUGUCCAAGUUAAAGGCCCACAUGGCCAGGGCAAGAUUGCGAGAUAAACAUCAAGUAAACCUCAGACAAAAGCUGGAGUUGUUGAAGAACUCAUCUUUCGACGAACCAACUCCAAAAUCUACUUUUGUAAAUUCGAAUUCGAAUGUUGAUGAGAAAUUGGACCCCAACUCAGCUGAUGACACCAACGAUGACGAAGCAGACGACGAAAACGCUACCAAACUUACCGACGAACCUCCUUCAGACGCAUGCUUGGACCUCUACAAUGACGGAUGCUACAGUCCUCCAUACCUAACAAUGGACGAAGUCGAAAGUGGUAAAGUAAUCUCAGCGAAGAAGGCUGAAGAGAAAAUAGAAGCACUGCGAAAAUCACUCGUCCAGGCGAGCUUCGCCGAGAAUGCCAUGAGUCGAGAGGAUCAGCUACUUCACGAGGAAGCCCGGAAGGGCAUGACCGAUGAUGAGGCGGUAUUUUCGGUUGAAACCAAACUCGAAUCACAGGUUUAUCUGUGGUCAGAUAAAUAUCGUCCCAGGAAGCCUCGAUACUUCAAUCGAGUCCACACAGGAUUCGAAUGGAAUAAGUACAACCAAACCCAUUACGAUAUGGACAAUCCUCCUCCCAAGAUCGUUCAGGGUUACAAAUUCAAUAUAUUCUAUCCGGACUUAAUAAAUCAGGGCUGCACUCCGCAAUACUUCCUGACAACGUGUGCCGAUAAUAAUGACUUUGCUGUUCUGAGAUUUCAUGCUGGACCACCUUAUGAAGAUAUAGCAUUUAAAAUUGUGAAUCGAGAGUGGGAAUUCAGUUACAAGCGUGGUUUCCGAUGCCAGUUCCAGAAUAAUAUAUUUCAAUUGUGGUUUCACUUCAAACGUUACAGAUAUCGUCGUUAAACCAACCGAAAAGACAGAGGUCUGUUUGUGUAUCAUUUUAUUUUUUGCACCAUCAAAUAUUUCACAUAGAACAGAAAACGCUGCAUGCAAGCGCUAUAGUUUUUAAGUUAUUAUUAUGUACAUUUAUGUAAUAUUAAUAAAUAAUAAAAUAUACGUCAAGACAGUGACAUACUAACCUA